GCCGGCCCCGCCUCCGCCUCUCGCGGGGCCACCGCCCGCGCAGACCCAGAGCGCGGCCGCGGACGAAGAUGGCGACCGCCAUGUACUUGGAGCACUACCUGGACAGUAUUGAGAACCUACCCUGUGAGCUUCAGAGGAACUUCCAGCUGAUGCGAGAGCUGGACCAGAGGACAGAAGACAAGAAAGCCGAGAUCGACAUCCUGGCUGCAGAGUAUAUCUCCACGGUGAAGACUCUGUCUCCGGGUCAGCGCGUGGAGCACCUGCAGAGGAUCCAGAGCGCCUACAGCAAGUGCAGGGAGUACAGCGACGACAAGGUGCAGCUGGCCAUGCAGACCUACGAGAUGGUGGAUAAGCACAUCCGGAGGCUUGAUGCGGACCUGGCUCGCUUCGAGGCGGACCUGAAGGACAAGAUGGAGGGCAGCGACUUCGAAAGCUCUGGAGGACGGGGGCUAAAAAAAGGUCGAGGUCAGAAAGAAAAGAGGGGCUCCCGGGGUCGUGGCAGGAGGACCUCAGAAGAAGACACCCCAAAGAAGAAGAAGCAUAAAGGAGGGUCGGAGUUCACCGAUACCAUCCUGUCGGUGCAUCCCUCUGACGUGCUGGACAUGCCCGUGGACCCAAACGAGCCUACCUACUGCCUGUGCCACCAGGUGUCCUACGGGGAGAUGAUUGGCUGUGACAACCCGGAUUGCCCCAUCGAGUGGUUUCACUUCGCCUGUGUGGACCUGACCACGAAGCCCAAAGGAAAAUGGUUCUGUCCACGGUGUGUUCAGGAAAGGAGGAAGAAGAAGUAAGGAAGAGGCGGACGCCCGGACCCGAAGAGCACGUUAAUACAUCCCUUCAUUCACGUCGCAAUAUUUUAUCUUCAUUUUAAAACGACCUUGUUUCCAAUGAUAUUUAAUAACUCAAUGGCCAGUUGUAAUUCUGGAUAUUUCCUAAAACAAACAAGAAGCCACCUGAGCCCUGUUGCCCAGAGGAGUGCCCCUAGGGGACUUACCACAGUGACUCCAUUCUCAUGACUUUUCGUACAGACCCCUGGCCCCAAGCAUGGCGGUCACAGCGAGUGGCCCCAGGACUUCGAGGGGUGUGCGUGCCUGGUACACUGCCAUCGCUUUGCAGCUGGAGGUGUGAGCCCUGGUCAUCUGUCUGUGGUUUCCCGGGGCUGCUCCCCGAGAGCCCGGCACCACUGCAGGCGCCUCUGACCCUCACUGAGAGCGGUGCAUGUGGAGCCUGGUGACGAGCCUGGGAGGGGCCGGCUCUCCCCGGGGCGGGCAGGGGUCUCAGCUUCGCUGUGCACUGCCUUUUCAUCUGGACUCCCACUUCCCUCCAUGAGGGGUUUACUUUCUGGAGUAAACGGCUCUCCAUUAGCGAACGAUAAGAGACGGCCCAGCAGACGGGCUGAUGUUCUGUUUCCCUGGGAAUUCCUGGCAUUUUUACUGUGAAGAUGAAUUAUCGUGGUAGCAUGAAGAUAGUGGUCUGUGUGAAUAUGGAGUGAGUCCAAGCCGCUAGGGGCUGAUUUGAAACCUGUUCAUUUGCACAGCAGAUGAGCAGCUUAGAUCAAGGAGACAAUUAUGUGAUGUGAUUUGUGAAUUUCUUGUGCCACAAUAGCAAUUCUGGAUGAAGCUAGGAAACUAGAGUGUCCUUUCUCUUUAAACAGCAUUCACCAAA